AUGUCCUCAGGUCCGGCUCAGUGCCCCAUUCGGGAGGCCAAUAUCGGUGGCGGUGGUACUCGCAACCGUGACUGGUGGGCAAAUGACCUGCAAACAACCAUCCUACGACAACACCAACCCCUCUCGAAUCCUCUGGGCAAGGAUUUCGACUAUGCCGCAGCCUUCAAGAGCUUGGACUAUGAGGGCCUCAAGAAAGACCUCCACAAGUUGAUGACCGACUCACAGGACUGGUGGCCCGCCGACUUCGGUCACUAUGGUGGUCUCUUCGUCCGCAUGGCCUGGCACAGUGCUGGUACGUACCGUGUCUCGGAUGGCCGCGGCGGCGGUGGCCAGGGUCAGCAACGGUUCGCCCCCCUCAACAGCUGGCCCGACAACGUCAGUCUGGACAAGGCCCGCCGCCUGCUCUGGCCCAUCAAGCAGAAGUACGGCGACAAGAUCUCGUGGGCCGAUCUGAUGCUCCUCACCGGUAACGUCGCCCUCGAAUCCAUGGGCGUCAAGACCUUCGGCUUCGCAGGUGGCCGCCCAGAUACCUGGGAGGCUGACGAGUCUGUCUACUGGGGUGGCGAGACUACUUGGUUGGGCAACGACGUCCGCUACUCACAAGGACACAAGGGUAUCGAAGGCAAAGGAGUCGUCGACUCUGACGAGCACAAGAGGGACUACAAGGACAUCCACACUCGAGACCUCGAGGAACCGCUGGCCGCUGCUCAUAUGGGUCUGAUCUACGUGAACCCAGAAGGCCCCGACGGUGUCCCCGACCCGGUCGCCUCAGGCAGAGAUAUCCGCACCACAUUCGGACGUAUGGCCAUGAACGAUGAGGAGACCGUUGCCUUGAUUGCCGGUGGUCACGCUUUCGGCAAGACCCACGGUGCUGGCCCCUCCGAGAACAUUGGCAAGGAACCAGAAGACGCUCCUCUCGAGCAACAAGGCCUCGGCUGGCAAAACAAGCUCGGCCGUGGCAACGGCCCUGAUACCAUCACCAGUGGCUUGGAAGUCAUCUGGACCGCAACACCCACCAAAUGGAGCAACAAGUACCUCGAGUACCUCUUCAAGUACGAAUGGGAGCUCACAAAGAGCCCUGCCGGUGCCAACCAGUGGGUUGCCAAGACGAACGACGAGUUCAUCCCUGAUGCCUACGACCCCAACAAGAAGCACAAGCCGAGGAUGUUGACAUCCGACCUUGCUCUUCGCUUCGACCCCGCCUUCGAGAAGAUCUCGCGCCGCUUCCUCGAACACCCAGAGGAGCUCCACGACGCUUUCUCUCGCGCCUGGUUCAAGCUUCUGCACCGUGACAUGGGCCCUCGAUCUCGCUGGCUCGGUCCUGAAAUUCCAUCCGAGGUGUUGAUCUGGGAAGACCCACUUCCGCCGCAGACCGGUCCCGUCAUCGACGACAAGGAUGUCGCGGAUUUGAAGCAAAAGAUCCUGGCUACCGGCAUCCAAUCCCAAGAACUCAUUACUACUGCGUGGGCGUCGGCUGCGACAUUCCGUGGCAGUGACAAGCGUGGCGGCGCCAAUGGUGCUCGCAUCCGUCUCGAACCCCAGAAAAAGUGGAAAGUCAACAAUCCUCAACAGUUGGCUCAGGUUUUGGGCGCCCUGGAGAAGGUCCAGUCAGAGUUCAACAGCUCGGCAAGUGGCGGCAAGAAGGUGUCGCUGGCAGAUCUCAUCGUGCUGGCCGGUACUGCGGCAGUGGAGAAGGCCGCUGGCAUCCCCGUGGCCUUCACACCUGGCCGCACCGAUGCCACGCAAGAGCAAACUGACAUUCAGUCAUUUGAGCACCUGGAGCCUGUUGUCGAUGGCUUCCGCAACUACGGCCAUGGAACGUCCCGUGUGCGAACAGAACAAUUCCUCCUCGACAAGGCUCAGUUGCUCAACCUCUCGGUACCUGAGAUGGUUGUGCUGAUCGGUGGUCUCCGCGUGCUUAAUGCCAACUGGGAUGGCUCCUCACACGGCGUCUUCACCACGACUCCUGGCAAGCUGACUCCCGACUUCUUCACCAAUCUCCUCGACAUGGGCACUGCAUGGAAGGCCACCAGCAGUGACCAAGAACUGUACGAGGGCACCGACCGGAAGUCUGGCCAAAAGAAGUGGACUGCUACUCGUCACGACCUCGUCCUCGGAUCUCACGCCGAGCUGCGCGCCGUUGCCGAGGUGUACGCUGAAGCUGGCAACGAGGAAAAGUUCAAGAAGGACUUUGCCGCUGCCUGGACCAAGGUGAUGGACUUGGACCGAUUUGAUGUGGCCUCUAACAAAGACCCCGCCAAGGCUCGCCUGUGA